AUGGCUCCUGUGGACAACGAAGUCAAAGGCAGACUGGCUCUGGUGACAGGUGCUUCUGGUGGAAUUGGAGGAGCCUGCGCUCGAGAGCUUUUCGUCAAUGGAGCUCGUCUAGCUCUGUCAUGUUCAUCAGAUAGAACCGUUGCCAAAAUCUUGGGCCUUGCUGCUGAUCUUCAGAAGACAACGAACCAGGACAUCAAGAUUUCAUGCCACGUAGUGGACCUGUCGUCCACCAAGGCAAUCGAAGAACUCUUUGAGCAGAUCAAGGCCGCUCACGGCCAGACCCCCGAUAUCCUCGUCUCCAACGCCGGCACGGCAGGCUUCGGCAACAAAGCUAACCCCUACCUGGAGAACAUCUCCCUCGAGGAGUUCGACUUCACCAUCAGCAUCAACCUCAGGGCCUCUUUCCUUCUGUGUAAGCUCGCUAUGCCGCACAUGGUCGCCCAGCGCUGGGGCCGCAUCAUCUUCGUGUCGUCCAUCUCGGCCAUUGGUGGCGGCAUCAAUGGCUGCCACUACGCCGCGAGCAAGGCCGGUAUGACGGGCAUGAUGAAGAAUCUCGCGUCGAAGCAUGCCAAGGACGGUGUCACGCUGAAUGACAUUGCGCCGGCCAUGAUUGGCGAUACGGGUAUGAUUCCCGACGAGAAGCGUGUGGAGGGCACGCCUGGUGAUGUGAAGAACAUCCCCGUCGGACAGCUUGGAACGCCGCAAGAAUGCGCAAACGUGGUUCUCAUGCAGUGUAAGACUGGGUAUUUGACUGGCCAGAGUAUCUUGCUAAGUGGUGGGCUGAAGUAA